AUGCCCGGACCGCCAGGCCACCACCCCCGGCCCCCGCGGGGCGGCGGUGGGGAGUCCCCCGUCCCCGCCCCCUGUCCCCGCCCCGCGAGGUUUCCCGCGGGAGCCCCGCGCGCCCGGAAGCGGAUGCGCGGACCCCGGAGCCGGCGGCGGGCAGUUAUGCGGAGUGCGCGGGCGCAGCCCCCCGGGUGGCAGGGUGGCUGCGGGCGCCGACCCAGCCGUCACGAGAAGAGCCUGGGGCUGCCUCACCACCAAGUUGUGCUCGCUUUUGCCUGCAGAGGCAAGGACGGCGUGCUCGACCUCAAGCUGGCUGCAGAUACCUUGGCUGUGCGACAGAAGCGACGGAUCUACGAUAUCACAAAUGUCCUGGAGGGCAUCGGGUUGAUCGAGAAGAAAUCCAAGAACAGUAUCCAGUGGAAAGGGGUGGGUCCUGGCUGCAACACACGGGAAAUAGCUCACAAACUGAUCGAGCUGAAGGCAGACAUAGAGGACCUGGAGCAGCGGGAGCAGGAGCUGGAGCAGCAGAAGAUGUGGGUUCAGCAGAGCAUCAAAAACGUUACAGAAGACAUGCAGAACAGUCGAUUAGCAUAUGUGACACAUGAAGACAUCUGCAAGUGCUUCACAGGAGACACCCUCCUUGUGAUUAGAGCCCCAUCUGGCACACGUUUGGAGGUGCCCAUCCCUGAGGCCCUAAACGGGCAGAAGAAAUACCAGAUCCAUCUGAAGAGCACGAGUGGUCCCAUUGAUGUUCUCUUAGUCAACAAAGAUACUUGGAGCUCUCCUCCUGUCGUACUCCCUGUCCCUCCCCCUGAAGACCUCAUUCAGUGCCAGGCAGCUGCACCCUCGAAAACACCAAUCCCACCGCUCACCCACUUCCAGGAGGCCUCUGUUCCCAGCAGCACCCAGCCCUCCACACCAACACCCACCAGCACUCAGGACCAUGGGCCUCCCACACAGAAAAACGCAGGCACAGAGUGCGAUGUCCCUGUGGCAGAGUCCAAGGGCAGCGGCGACUCCGACAGCCAGCCAGCUGGGCUGGAUGCACAGCUGCUCCAGUCCUCUGCCUCCCUGGACAGCAGCUCCGUCCUGCCCAGCACCUCUACCUCCUUUGAGCCGAUCAAGCCAGACCCCACGGGAAUACUGGAACUUCCCAAAGAGCUGUCAGAGAUGUUUGAUCCAAUGAGAGAAUGUAUGAACUCUGAGCUGCUGGAAGAGCUGAUGUCAUCUGAAGUGUUUGCUCCCUUGCUCCGCCUCUCCCCUCCACCUGGAGAUCACGACUACAUCUACAACCUGGAUGAGAGCGAAGGCGUCUGCGACCUCUUUGAUGUGCCUGUCCUCAACCUCUGACUUCUCAGUGCAGCUGUGAGCCCUGCAAACACAGACUGUUUUGUAACUCUUUGGAAAGUGUCUAUUUUUGGAUUCCUUUUGUGCUAGAGCUCGAUGGCUGAGUAAUUCAGAGAUGCUCUCAUAUGGACUCAGAACCAAGAGAUGUGGACUUGCAGGCUGGGAGCCUCCCCAUAACUUGCUUCUUCCUCUGGUGCUCGUGCAAGGUGCACGUGCAGCUUGGCCCCUGCAGCUCUCCACUGGAUCCUGGGCCUCACCUCAAAGGCUCCGUGUUUUGAGUGUUCCCAGUUCACCUGUAGAGUUUGCCCACGUGCCUCUCUGAGCUUCCUCCAAUCUGCAUGCCUUGGUUUUUCCUGCACUCCCAGAGGCACUUUGUACCUCCUAGGUACCAGCUGCUACAAGGAGCCCUAAUACCGUGGUCAGUUCACAAGCCCAGAGGUUGUUAGUUAGAUUUCUCCAUGUUAGUGGUUCGGAUUGAGGUAGUUGUGUUUCUGAAAGGCAUCAGGGGGCGGGGGGAAUGGCACCAAAGUGUCUAUUUCUGCCAGUGAUUUCAGACCAAGCUAGUACGUUUUACAAGAAAAAGCACUUUUUUUAGCCAGCUGUGCCUCCUAGUGGGACUCAGGAGCUGAGUGCUCCUAGUAGCACCCAGGAGCUGAGCCUUUCCCUGCUUGUGCUUCAGCAGGAAUGCUGGUUCUGCUUUCACCAGUCUGCUGAUGCACAACCCCGGGGGCUCCAGCUCCUUGUCCAGCAGCUGUGCUGUUUCUACAGGGCUAAAGAAGAGGUGCCAGUAUGGUUUGUUUUUUAAUUUUUGUUUUUGUCCGAGUGGAGAGAUGUCUGAAAGGAUAAGACUGCUCCAGCUGGUGCCUGUAAGGUACUCCAGGGACAUCAGAGCCUGCUCAUAUUUGCAAAUAGCUGUAUUCUCCAACCAUUGCACUUGAGCCUGCAACUGUCUGAAAGGCGACCAAGCAGUAACAAUUCAGUAGUACUUUGCUGUGACAGGUUACGUAGGUGUUGUCCAAAUAGUGAGCUUUUCUCCUCCCUUCUUCUCUCAGGAUCAGGUUUUCUGUAUAUUUGAAUUUGCUCCUCUAGUGUCCAUACCCACGCUCCCAAUCCCUGAUCCUGUGGCAGGUCUUUACCCAGUGCGAUGCUUUCUCUGCACCGUUUUUCCACAAAAUUUUCUUCCUUGCUUUGUAAUGGAAGGCCUGCUGUUGGGUUCUUUAGGAUCAUCAGCUGGUACCAGGCUCGGACCCCGUGCAGUUUAGUUGGAGGUAAAAACGCGCUGAUGGAUUUGUGUCGUAUUUUGCAAGUCCCAGCUUUGGGUGUCGGUCAGAUCCUGUAUUUGAGUGUCUUUAGUUUUGCACAUCUUCCUGCCACCACGGUGGUAGCAGCUGUCCUGCCUUUCCUGCUCCGCAAACUGCCGAAGAGAGAGCCAGGCCAGGCCGUGGUGGGCUCUUGCAGAGAGGUAGCUUCCAGCCAUCCACUUAAACAGCUGAUGUUUAAUUUCUCCACGUAGCUGCUCACUGCCUGUGACCCACACAACCAGCUGCAGCACCAGCACUAAGGGAGGUAAAAGUCAGAAGAGCCUGGAGAGGUGAGAGGAGUAUGUGCUUUGGACCUGCGUCCCUGAGGUGGCUCCUCGGGCCAUCCUUUUGUACAUGGGACUCCUCUGGAAGGACUGUUCCUUGCUGCAGCCCCAAAGCACCAGCAGCCUCUUCGGGAAGAGCGCGAAGAACACGGGAGGAACAAUGGGACGCUCCAGUUUGGCAGCAGGGAGCUGCUGCUGCUGAGACAGCUGAGGUGUGGGACCGCUCAGGGAGGGUGAACUUCCAGCCUGCAUGCAGCCAGUCCCUGAACCUUCCCCUCUCCACAUGGAAGCUGACCAGAAUCCCUCAGUCCUGCACGUGUAUUUGCAAGGCUCCCUGGCUCUGGUGUAGCUCCAGCUCUUCGCAUACUGCCUGGCCCUCACCCUCCCUUCCCAGCGUUCACGUUCGCCGCCAAGUUAGACGACCUCCAGAAAAGGAUAACACCUAGAGGAAAAAAAAAAUUUACAGUUGCAAAUGAACUUUUUGAUUCAUAUAUAAAGAUUAUUUUUAUA